AUGUGUUCUAUUAUGUCUGACAAAAAGAGUUCAAGCACACUGCCCGAACGAUUUCGUACUGAUAAUUUGGAGUCAAAGCGAAACAAAAUUACCCAGGAAAUUGUCCAGGAUUUUGAAGAAAAUGGUCAGUAUAAAAUGAAAAAAGUUGAGCAUGUGAAUAUUUUAAUCAUUGGACGUAUGCACUCCGGCAAAUCAACGAUCAAAGCACUGCUAGUUGAUCCGACGAGCGUUCCGAACGGAUUGACGUUGAAAUUCGGAACAAGAGAUCCACAAUUCCAAGCAUUUUAUUUAAAAGACAAGAACACUGUUAUUAAUAUUAUCGAAACACGGGGGAAGAUAUACAGUCAAUCGAAAAACAAAGAACAACGUGAGAAAUUGCGAAAAGAAUUGGUUGAAGACGCUGCUUUUCACAAAAUCGCUCCAUUCUUUAAACUCGGAAUUCUGUUUUCCGGUUCUAUAAAUCGAGAUGAUUACAACAAUGGUAUCGAAUGCGUGUACAAUCAAUAUUUUGCAGCGGUUGACUAUCGUACACAGCUGAUCGAGAAGUUCUUAAGCGUGAGAGAUCCUCUACCAAUCAAUCAGAUGCGUAUCAGUCCAGAAAGAUCCGCCAAUGAUUUGAAGAAACAAAAAGAAGAUGAAGUACUGAAUUUAAGGCAAGCGCUGGAAGAGCAAGAAUAUAUUGUCAAACAAUUUCAAAAGCAGGAGUCGGAAGAUGAACACGAGAUACGAAGGCUUACUGAAAAGUAUCGCAGAGCUAUUCUACGCGAGCAAGAAUUACGAGCACAUAUGAGUGAUAAUACAACAAACGAUCCGAGAUUUUAA